AUGCCGACCAAACUUCACAAUAUCACCUUCGUCGCCCUACUAUGGCUGACUUGGGCUGUCAUCUUCAAGAUCUUCUCCGACGAAAGACUCCCACGGAUUUGGUCCACCUCUUCAUCGGAACCACUUCCAGUGAAGGAGCUCUCCUGUACAGACACACUAUGGGCGCCAGAUGACUGCGGUAUGGACGGAGCAAAGUGCGAGCCAUUCAACAACCACCACAUCGCUUUUCAAUGCCCAUCUAACUGCAUCCGCGACGGCAUCGUCACCGGCAAACCUCAUCUUGUCGGCAAUCAGGAGAUCCUCAAUAGGCCUCUGGUCAUCGGCGGACCUAUCUACAGAGGCGACUCAUACAUCUGUCCUGCGGCCGUCCAUGCCGGCGUGGUAGAUGACGCCACUGGUGGAUGCGGCGUGGCCAAGCUUCUGGGCACAACCAAUUCGUUCUCAGAUUCCUACAUGUACGGCAUCGAGUCGAUUAACGUGCAGACGUAUUUCCCAAAGUCGUUCAAAUUCACAAUUGAUUCGGACGACAUGACGUGUCCGACGGCAAGGAAGACGAGUUGGGUGCUGCCCUAUGUGUCAGUCGCCUACACGGGGCUCAUCUGGAGGGCGACCAGCUCCACCGCCGUCAGGGCUGUGUGGUCUCUCGCAGUCAUAUACGCGCAUGUAAGCAGCUCGCAGAGGUUCAGCGCCGGCAGUCUAUGGUCGCGGUCUUCCACGCCCGUACCGGUUCCCGAUGCCGGUGGCAAGGUUCGCACCCCAGCAAUGCUCGAGCCGGUCAUUUACAUGGGCACGAUUUCCAACAUCACUCUGAACUGGGCUGAGCCCAUCCCAGCAGAUGUUGAUGGAAUCAGCAUGCUUCUGAACGAUGUGGAGAGGGCAAGACGCUUCCGCGAUAGUACGAAGAAUGAGCUCAAGGAUGGGGAGGCGGAAGGCUCGUUCUUUUGGCAGAGGACGCCACAGGCUUUUGUUGACUACAUCCGUUUCGGAUACAUCAAGGAUGGGAAGGUUUUGGGGUACUCACAACCGGGGACUUGGUUCACGAAUGGGACCUGGACAGGUAUUCCGGCUGAGAUAUAG